GCGACGUGUUAAAAGCAGAUAGCAACAAGUGUUGAAACGUUUGCCAAUAUUCCUAUCGACAACUUUCAUGUUACUAAAAAAACCAGCCAUGGACCAAAAGCUGUUUAUUGGACCAGGUGUUAUAGCUAUAGGCCUACUCCUGCACACUGUUGGUCAAGCUACGCCAUAUUGGGAUAGUUUUGUUACUGAAGACUCGUCUGUCCACUUUGGCUUGUGGGAAGUCUGCAAUACGUUUGGGUGUAAUAAAAUACAAAUGAACAGCCCAAUCCUGACGCCCCUCUACCACGCCAGCAGAGCUUUCGCCAUCAUGGGAGUUUUGUCCGGAGCUGCAGCGGUUCUCACGAUAUUUCUCUACGUGUUUCAAGUCAAGCUCGUCUACGUCAAAAUAUCCGCAGCAUUGGGAGCUGUAUCUGGUGUGUUGAUCGCCAUAUGCGCCAUUGUGUGGUUUGUGUAUGCAGUUGAUAUGUAUCCAGUGAAUGUAUUCGGCUACUCUUUCAUCCUUAGCUGUGUGGGAUCGGUUUUGUCGAUCAAAGGCAGCAUUGUCAGCUACGUGAUGGUCAGGAGACACCAUCGCUUUGGUUAUGCGACCAUCGUCUCUCCCUAGUUAUGUCUUGUUGGAGACUAACAUUUACAACUAGUUAGGUUAUAGCGGUGGCGUAACAUGGAAUUGUUUAUGGGAGAGGUUCAA